ACCAGUAUGGUUCACGAAAUCAAUCCUAGCUCUAGUGGUGCUACAAAUGAGGUUGUGGUCAAUUCCACCAGUCUGGAAGAUGUACCGGCCAGUAAUAUGAGUGAUCGAGCUCAAUCCAUACAAUCACUGCAUAGCAACAUAGAGACUCCCACACCGGACACCACACCUUCUUAUGAGGAAUUACAGGCUCGGUUGGAGGCCUCGAAUCGCAAUAUACAAAAUAUGCAGGAGCAACAACAACAACUGUUGAAGCUACAAAAUGCCGCCAAGCAACAUUUAAGCGACAUGGAAAAGUUAAGGCAACAAGCUGGCACUUUAAGUUUUGCUGCCGGUGCUACAACGGAUGGUGGUACUUUACCCGACUACGAAUCGGUGGGACAGGUACAAAGUGAUGUGGCCAAUUUAGUGGGACGCAUGAAAAACCUAACCUCAUUCAUACAAAAUCAAAAUGAUCUCUCCAGUAUGCUGGGCGAUGAUUGUCCGGAAAUUUUGGCCGAACAACAGGUUCUCCAAAGAAAACUGGAAGCUUUGCGAGCUCAACGAGAUGAAAUGCGUAAUUUGGUAUCGGAACUGCAAAGUGUCAAUCGUUCGGCGGAGGAAAGUGCCAAGGAGGCAAGGCAGCGACAAUUCGAACAGGAAAAAGAUAUUGAGGAGAAUGAAAAUGAACAGGAACCAGCCGCAGCAGCUGCUGCCGCGGUUGAACGUGAGGUGCCUGUGGAAUUUACCCGCAAUGUACCCAUCGAACUACUGCAACACGCUCAACGUCCACAAAUGAAUGGCAACAACGAACAAUCGGAGAACGACGAAGAAACCGACAUGGAUGAAGAUGAGCGCAAGGAAACGGCUCAUCUCAUUCAACAAAAGGUAGCCGAUAUCGAGGCAAUGAAGGCUCAACUUAAACGUCUCAAGGACAUGAUGGAAACGGUCAGUCUCAUUGAGGCCCACACGAGCAAACAUGAAAGUCGUACCCCCACCCGGGAAGUACCCAUUGUCUAUGAUCGGGAACGUACUCCCAUUGCAGUGCCCCCUGCUGCUUCUCGGUUUAAUGACGCCAAUGGCAACGAAGAGGUGCUCGCCCGCAAAGUUCGUAUGCUCAAUGAGGUGACCUCGGAUUUGCGGGCCCAGGCUCAAUCAUUGCAGGCCGAAAAGGAUCGUAUACAUUUGCUCAAGGAAGAAAUCGAAAGGCGUAAACAACAAGCCGCAGCUGCUGUACAGAUGGGUGAUGAUGCCCUUAAACGAAACAGCCUAACACCCACUCCAGCACAGCAACAGGCCGCCCGUAGCCAUGAAGAACGGUGGGAGGAACAUUUGCGCACCCAACAUGAACGUGAUGCUCUCAAAGAGGAAUAUGAACGUAAGAAAAAAGAAUUUGAAGUUAUUUGUAAACGUUUGGAACAGGAGGAAACACCCUCACAGCAGCAGCAAACGGAGAACACCACCACCAUACGCCAUGAAAUUGUUUCCGAAGCUGAUGAUGAAGCCGAAGAAGAUAAUCUUGAAUCGGAUUAUGCUGAGAGUGCCAAGUUUGUACCAACCUCCACCCCAGCCACCUCAAGAAAUAAUGAAAAUAAUUCUCAACAACGCACCGGUAAGGAUUCUCUCAACUCCACCGGAGUCUCGUCGAAUGCUGGUACACAUAUCGCUCAGGCAGCUAGUUCAUCGGCUCACGAUGGUGCCUCAUUGGAGGGUGCCAGUAUGCAAUCGGGUAGUUCACGAUCUUUUUCGAUACCGCCACCAAUGUCAGCAAUGGGCAUUAAUUUUCCUGGUCCCAUACCACCACCAUUACCCACAGCAUGGAAUCCAUAUUAUUAUGCUGCCGGUGUGCCACCACCACCUCCUCCUCCACCUCAGGCCAACUAUGGCAUAUCCCAAAGUGCAGGACAUAAUGUCACCAUCAGCAACAGUGAAUGCAUUUGUACAGCAAAUAAUCUGGGGCAUGCAACAACAUCAUCUUCAACUGCAACUAGUGCUGCUACAAAUAAUGGAACCCUCGCAUCCGAUCCAAUGUUGCAACAAUUUAUACAAACCCAACAGAUGUUGAUCAAUUCGGUAUGCCAAUGCAAUCAAAUGUUGUGGCAUCAACAGCGGGAAAUUGAUAAUCUCAAUCAAACGAUACACAUUUUGCAAGAACGCCUUCUGUCACUCGGUGGCCCAGCUGCUGCUGGAGGCAAUAAUGCAGAAAUUGGUGGCUAUACAUUACGCUCAGAAUCGGUACCACCACCUAGCCUAAGUGGUAUACCACCAGCCAGCCAGGCAUUACCCAAUAAUCUAUAUAUGACCAUAAAUCGUGCACAAUCGGAACAGCCAACUAGCAUGUAUUUACCCUCAGCAGGUACACAGCCUAGGAAUACUGGUUUUGGUAGCUAUCAACAACAACAGCAUCAUCAACAACAACAUCAUGUCUACCGUAGGGUGUCACAACAACCAAAUGCUGGCUAUAAUUUCGCUGCUGAAACUCAGCAACACAACUCAUCGUCGUCCGCUUCGGCCAGUAUGUUUUCCACAUUGAAUAAUGCCACCGUACCACCACCACCCCAACAGCCGGCACCCGGUACAACUUUAUUCAACAAUGAAAUACCAACACCACCCUCCCCCGUGGUUGGUCCCGCUCCCAUAUUUAUGCAUCAUCACAAUAAUUCGAUACAUCAGAAUAAUGCCAAUUUGCGUACCCAAAAUCAGCAGCAACAACAACAGCAGCAGCAUCACCAUCAUCAUAGCAACAUAACGGGUAGUACAUUGAAUAAUCAGGUGCCACCUGGAAAUCGUGCCAACAAUUAUUGGGAUAAUUUUAGAAGCUAUUCGCGCCAAAAUCUGCUUUCAACUAAUUCCAAUAAAAGUAACGAGGAACAGCAACAAAUGUUGCAACAACAACAGCAGCAGCAGCAACAACAGCAACCCGAUACUAACAGCUAUGAUCGUUCAGCAACUAUGCAGCAACAUCCUUCGCAACAGCCUCCGCAACCACAGCCGCAGCAAUUAUUCCAUGAAGCGAAUUUGAAUUUAGAUGAUUGUGUUAAUAAUUUAAAUUAUGCCACGGCGGGCGCAGCCACCACCACCACGGUUAGUCCCAACAAUGAGGCCAGCUCGAAAUAUUUACGUAUUCUGCAACGUUCCCGUAUAAAUCAGCAACAACAGCAGCUGCAAUAUCAACAACAGAAUUCAUAUCAGCAACAUCGGGAAUUGCAGCAUUUAAAUUGGUUGGAGCAAUCACAACAGCCGCAGCAGCAUCAUGAAAAUAAUAGUAAUGUAACAACAACAACAUCAGUGGCGGGUGGUGGUGGUGCUAAUAAUUCCACCACCACCAACCCUGCUGCUGAUUUAAUGUAUCACAAUUAUAAUAUACAGCAGAACAAUAAAAUCGGUCCCAAGCCCAAUUGGCGUUUUCGUAAUCUGAACGAAGAUUAUAACCUAGCAGCCAUAAAUCGCAUACAGCCAACAUCCGCAGGAGCCAGGCAACAACAGCCCUUGCCACGCUAUCAAAAUACGGCAUUUACUUCCCAACAGCAGGAAGCUCCUCAAUAUCUGAAUCUCCUACAUCCUCAGGCUCAGCUGAAUCGUAAUCAUGAUUUCCUUUUGCAAAUCAAUGAUGACCCCAAUAAUGGCUAUAAUUACCUAAAUCCGCAGCAGCAGCAACAAAUGCCCUUGGAUUAUUCCACCACUAAUCCACAAAACAUAUUACCACCUAACUCCUCCCGCUGUCAUCCGGCAGACGAAGAUGAUGAAAACAAUGAAGAAGAUGAAAACGAUAAUGACGACGACGAUGACGACGAAGAAGAUGAUACAACUUCGGAGGAGAUAAAACGUAACCUCUUGGUUAACGCUCUGAAAAAUGAUAAAUUCACCACGAAAUUUUAUGAAUCCAUAAAGGAGGAUGUUUUUCGGCGUUUGGAAAGUAUGCUUUUGGACAAGGAUAAUGUGGCAACACACAGUAGUGGUGCGGGUGGGAUGAUGCCUCCCCAACUCUUCAACAACAUUGGCAAUCAUGGGCAUGUCCAUUCCUUGCGUAAACUCAAUUUAAAUGAGCAGCGGGAUCAGUUACAACAACAAUUGCAGCAGCAGCAACAACAACAACAUUCCAUAUCAUCAUCUUCAUCACAGUUUGAUCAGCAGAAGCAAUUUGAAGUGCAGCAGCAACAACAGGUUUCCGAUGAUUCCAAUACACCACGUAAUGAUGUAUUUUACCCUAGCUCUUCGAUAAAUACCAACACGAAUGAGGACUCCGCAGCGAAUGCGGAUAAUGAAAAUGAAAAACCCGAAGAGGAUACAAAUUGGUUACAAAAUAACAUAAAUAAUACAAAUCAGCAGCAGCCAGGACAACAGCAGCCACAGCAACAGUUGUCUGAAACCAAAACAAAUUCAUCUGCGGCGACAACAACAACUACAUCGACUACUUCGACCAGCACAAAAAAUUGCUCGAAAAAACGUAAAAAUCUACGCAAGCAACCCUUGCAGGCGAAUAACAACAACAAUGCCUCUGCUGCAAAAGAGGAGGAUCGCAAUGAGAAUUUGAGAGGUGCCUGUAGCUUGGCUGCCCAGCAGCAUCAUAAACAACAACAACAGCAGCAGCAGAUUAAUAAGGAUAAGCAAAACGAAACAAAACCCAUUACGGAAAAUUCGAAUGCACCCAAUGGGGUCCCUGGCAUCGCUACCGCUACUAACCCUAAAUCCACCACCAAUGCCUCACCGGCUAACGAGGGUGAUCUUAUCAAAUAUAUAAUAGCACGAAUACGCAAUCAAACACAUACCAACACCCUAAUCAAUGAUACGCUCUUGGUGGAGGUGGCCAAGCUGACAGCAUCGGUGGCCCAGAAUGCACACAACACCCAUGCAUGCAGCAUCAGUAGCAACACCAACAAUAACAAUCCCCAUGGUAAUAUAAUAUCACCGAAAAAAAUCUAUACAAAAAUUAAGAAGCUGACAAUACCCAAGGAAAGAGAUGAAUUUUUGUCGUGGUAUCAACAUUAUUUGGAAAAUACCCUAUUUGCUGGGAAUACACACGAUGUGAAAAUGAAGGGUAUUAAAACGGCAAAUAAUCAUCAUUCCAUAGGAACAACAGCAGCAAUACAACAAAAUGGAGAAAAAACAACAUCUUCAGCUGUGGCAGUAGGGGCAGCAUCACUUCCAUCACAGCAACAGCAGGAUGAUGGUGAUUUGGCUGAGGCUGAUCAAAAUUGUUCCUCAAAUACCAGUGCAAAUUAUCACAAAGACGAUGAGGAUGAAGGAACUCAAUUAAAUAAUUGUGAAAAUCCCAAUAAAAUCGUUGGCUCCUCCUCCGCCAAUGAAGAUUCAAAUUUAGAAGGUGCUUGUGCUUUAGUCACUUCCACCUCUUCCUCGACUCAUAAUACCCAACAAUUGGAAGAAUUGCAGCAAGGUGUCUCCAUUACUACGGCCUCGGAAAAAGUGGAUAUCAAAUUUGAAAAACAAGAUGGCAAUGAAAAGGAUUAA